CCGCAGCAUCUGAAACCUUCUUUUCAUUCCGUGGCGACGCGCAGGAUCGGUUGUACGAUAUAAAAUUUUGUUUGAGUAUGGAUUCUUUGCCGUUUAAUUUUAAUAAUAUGGAAGACACUAAACCGAUUUUUACAACUGCGAGUGAAACGCUAUCUACAACGACCACGGAAAGUUUUGCACCAUCGAACCGAGGAAUGGCGGGCGGCCAGGAGUUCUACCCUGGCAACAGCGGUCUGCUGAAUCUGCUGGCUCAGCAAGAACCCCGACACGGAGACACAGCACCAACAGCUGCUGACAUGAUGACUGAUGACAUGAUGAACUUCCGAAUGAACGGCACCGAUGUGCUGUUUGAUGACGAACACACUUCUAACUAUUAUUUAGGUGCUGGUGCGAACCGGCCUGACCUGAUGUCGUCGAGCAACAUUUGGACCAACGGCAGCGGCGUGGCUUCGGGCAAGUCCGAGAUGAUGGACACCUUCGAGUUUCUUAUCAAAAGUUUAUCGUCAGCGAAUAACUACGUGUCUAUGCUGACGCGCGAACAGCUCGCGUUGCUGCGCUGCAUCCGCCCCAGCCUUCUAUACGAGUUCCUUCAAGAGGUGCUCAAGGCGCGCACGGACAAGCGCACACGCCGCCCCCUGCCCAACGAAUGUGCGUUCUGCAAAAACAACGGCGAGAACGAAGAAUGCUACGCGUCGCAUGCCUUAAAGGACUGGCGUGGCCGCGUACUAUGCCCCGUGCUGCGGGCCUUCCGAUGCCCGCGUUGCGGGGCUACUGGGGACCGGGCCCACACCAUCAAGUACUGCCAGGAGAACGGUGACAAAGAUCGCAACGGCCUAUCGUCCCGCCGGCGCGGGCCUCCAUCGUCAGUCCUGCUGGGCCAAACCGGGCUCCCCGCAAGCGGGCCCUCUUCCUGCCCCCCGACCCCCGCGCCGCCUGCCCCGUCGCCAUCACCGUCCUCUGCCUUCUCACCGCUGUGGUCUUCCUACGGCUUGUAAACUAAAUUAUCUUCGGAAAAAAACUGGGUUUCCACUGGGAGGUAA